CCCUUGACUGAAUCUGAACUUCCAUCAACAAGUCAAUCCACAAUCAACUUCCCACAAUCCCCUUCUGUCUCAUUCCAGGAGUUCUUGUAGGACGAGAUUCUUCUUCUUUGCGCGAUCAUCUUGGGACCUUGCAAUUUAAUCCUUCUUUCUUCUUCAUCCCAUUAACUAAAUCUUCAAAAUGGCUGACGACGAAGAUCGCGCGCAAAAGCAACGAGAUGGAAUUGAUAGGGAGGCCGCAAAGCUUUGGAGAUGUUAUAGAACUGUACACGAGAUGGUCCAGGAUCGGGGUUAUCUUCUCGCUGAAGAGGAAGUCAACAUGAGCUUUGAUACAUUUAAGAGCAAGUUCACCAGUAAUGAUGGAAGUGUUGAUCGUCGCCAAAUGAAUUUCUCCGCGACCCCAAGUGAAGCUAUGAUUGCCAAAUACGCUGUUGCGCCAACCGCAGAGAACCCAAACCCAACUACCUCAGAAAUUGGUACUAUUUGGGUUGAGUUUCUCAUGGUAACUGAUGUUUCCAUUGGCAUUAAACAAAUGCGAACAUUCGCUCAGCAUCUUUCUCAACACAACUUCUCGGCUGGAAUUCUCAUCGCACCUGUUGCACCAUCAGGUCCCGCUCAAAAGAUUAUUCCCGCUGUCGCAUCCGAAACCAGAAUCGAGACUUUUGUCGAGCAAGAUUUACUCGUCAAUAUUACACAUCAUGAGUUGGUUCCCAAGCAUGUUUUAUUGAGUAGAGAAGAGCGGGCCAAGCUGUUGUCAAGAUAUAGAUUGAAGGAUACUCAACUUCCACGUAUUCAAGCUGCCGAUCCAGUCGCGAAGUAUCUAGGAUUGAGAAGAGGACAGGUCGUCAAGAUCAUCAGAAAGUCGGAAACUGCUGGCCGUUAUGCCAGUUACAGAUUGUGCGUAUAAUGGAGCUGGAAAGAUGAUUUGGUGUUAAUAACUAGGGAGUUUAUUGGGAAAAUUGCAUAUUUGGGGAAGGCGUAAUAGGAUGGAAGAGAGAUUGAGGAUGAGAUUGUCUAUUUUGGCUUUCCUGGGGGCAUCACCUUUGGACACGAAAUUUGUUAUUAAAUUUCUUGUUCUGUAUAUUUCUGAUAGUUUCAGAGCUUUACAAUAAGAUCUAUACUACAGUUUUAAGAAAUUAGGCUCACUCUUUGACAAGCUUAUAAGAACUUCCCUUCUAGCCAUCCCCGAGCUGGACUAAGGGCUUAUUAUCAAUAUUGUCUCUGUUAUAGAUUCUCUGGAGGUGUGAGAUACAAACAUCCUAAAACCCUCAACCUCGUUGAGAUUUCCCUGCUCUCACUCUCGUCUUCUAGUCUUAAUGAUUCACCAGUCUGUAAAUAAUUGUUGACCACUUAUUUCCGCUUCAGUCACAUCCAAAGUGCAGUCCUCACCUCUGUCCAGGUCAUGAUUCUUCUUGAAACCACGUCGAAAAGAGAUAGUUGAUUAUGUAUGGACACUAAUCUUCUAGUUCACCAGUACCACUGCCCCCUCCCUCUUCUUUCUUCUUUGGUUCUCUUUAUCGAUUGUGAUAGAGCGUUGAAAAGUGUUGAGAACGUGAUUUGAUAGGAAGAUCCAUGUUUGCUCUGUAUUUUUAAAUGGAUUUCUUGUUAUCUUGUUCAUGUAAGUUUUGCUAUAUUGGGUGAUUCUACCAUAGUGUAAAAUUGUUGUUAUGAUAUAGUCCUGAUUCUGGACUCUCUGGUUCAGGAUGAGAUGAAUUGACUGUAUGAAUUGCUCUGUGAUUAGAUGGAGCCAAAAUAUGUGAAUGUAAGAUGAAGAACUUGUUUGAAUAUGAGUUUGAUUGCAAGACAGCCUCAAAUACCAUG